AUGGCCUCCCACAAAUCCCUCUCCAUUAACGCGCCGGUCAAGUCAACCCCCUCUUACGUCCGACAGAGUCUCUCCGCGACACGAGUGAUUCAUCUUCUCAACGCUGAAUCCCCCGAGCUACUUCCACCGCUUCCGAUCGUACCCUACGCACUCGGUGUAGCCCUCAGCGUGGUGUAUCGUCACUUCCGCUCGCGCCGCCUAAAGGUCCACGUCAACCGCGCCACCGAAGAACUCAAGCAAUGCGUCCGGCUUCUCGACCGAUUACGAAACUCGUGGUGGUCUGCAGGCACGACAGCUGAUCUCGGACGAGCUGUGCUCAGCAAUGCAGCAGGACGUAAUACCAACGCUGUCAACACGCCGGUACCGGUUCCAGCCGAACCCCGACCGACCGAGCCGAAGACGGAGCCGCCAGCACCGCAAAACGCACAUAACAACCAAAUGCCACCACAAAACCAGUCGCAGCCCUGGUCGCAGAACAUGGGGGAGACGCCUAUCGACCCUCGGCUCCAGCAACACCAAAAUCAUCCUCACGCCAACUCGCCCAUGAACAGUCUUCUCAACCCGAUAAGCGCUCCUACACCCGGUCAACACCCCACAAGUAGCGAACGCGCAGAUCGCGCGCCUAUGACGGGCCCUCCCGCCGGAUUUGGAUUCGCUGAGCAGUCACCGGACUGGCUGAAUUUCGACGCCGCGUUUGAAAACUUUGAAGGCUUGUUGGGAAGUAGCGGUGCGGAUCUGAGCAAUGAGUUGUUCAAGCCGUUGAACUACGAAACGUUGGAGGGAUUCUUAGAUCCGGCUGCUUAA